GUGAACGCGCAGCUUUACUUGAAAUCCGCGUUCAUUGAUCCAACCCUUACUUCCGCCUACGUCAUUUCCUCCUCUCAGAAAACAUGGCGUUGCUUCUAAGGAUGGCUGCCCGGCAGGGUCUGUGUUCAUCACGGGCACAGCUUUGUAGACACAGUGCUGUUCCCAUGGGAACCUCAGCAAAAGAGGAAAUGGACAAAUUCUGGGCCAAAAACAGUCAGCUCAACAGACCGGUUUCUCCUCACGCGACCAUUUAUAGGUGGUCAGUGCCCAUGAUGAUGUCAAUCACUCACAGAGGAACAGGCGUAGGGCUCAGCGCAGGUGUUUCUGCGUUUGCGGCUGCUGCACUAGUGUUGCCAGGCAGUUUUCCUUACUACCUGGAUCUGAUUCACUCGCUCUCCUUCGGUCCAGCUCUCAUUACCGCGGGCAAAUUCGCCUUGUCCUUCCCAGUGGCCUACCACACUUUCAACGGAAUCCGCCACCUGACGUGGGAUGCAGGGAAGGGCUUUAAGAUCCCAGAGGUCUACCGUUCUGGCUACAUUGUCAUUGCUUUGACUGUUUUGACAUCAGUCGCCUUGACUGCACUCUAAACCUGAUUGUAAAGAAGAAGGAAAAGUGUGAAUUUCUUUCUUUCUUUCUUUUUUUUUUUUUGAAUGAGCAUAAACAGAAGGUGAUUGAAAUGUUUUUGUUUGGUCUUGCUUGUGGCUCAGACUCAUUAAUAAAGUAAAUUAAGAAAUACAUCUA